GAGAAGGCGAGCGAGGCACCGGCCCGCAGCCCGCCCUGAGAGCACAUCCUCAGAUGCGCAGCCCCUCGGCGAGGUGGAGGUGAGGGCGGGCGCCAGCCCGCUCGGAAAGGGGCGCGCUCUCCCGGGCGAUCCCGGCACCGCCGCGGCUCCGGCAGCCAGCGCUCGCAGCCGCCGCCGCCGCAGCUUCCUUCCGCAGACUCCCCUCGAGAGGCUGGCCGAGCGGGUGUAGUCUUGGGAGAGGCUCCCGCUAGGGGAGCCCGGCGAAGACGGGAGCCGGCGCCCGCCUCCCACCCCGGCUGUCCGGCCAGCGGUGCCUCCGCCCGCGGGUCCGUCCCGGUGCCUGGGCGCGGGGAUCAGUUUUCGCCUCCGAGAUCGCACGGCUGCCUGGGGCCCGGGUGAUGCCCGAGGCAAGUCUUGGCUUUGAUUUUUAUUAUCCUUACUAUUUUACGCUUGGCUUUCGGGAAAUACUCGCGAUGUUGUAAGAUAAAGGAAAUGACACUUUGAGGAACUGGAGAGCGUAGAUGCAUUUUGGUUUUUGAGACAAACCCCGUUCUAACCCUCUUGGCUGAUUUCAAGAACUGCCCUCCUCGGGUGAGGUGGGGAUUCCAGCAAGAAUAAAGGUGAAGAAGGGUCGCCAGGACCCUGGAGGGAAACGCUGACCGUUAGAGACCUUUGCAGAAGACACUGCCAGGAAGAAAAUAAGAGAGACAGAAAACACAAAGACUUAUAAUUAUACAAGAAUCCUACAAGCCCAGCCCUGGAGAAAGCUUCCCUCUCCAAAAUGGAUCUGUUUCCUCUCACCUGGGUUUUCUUAGCUCUCUGCUUUUCAGGACCUGAAGUGAGAGGCCAACCAGACCCGCCCUGUGGAGGUCGCCUGAAUUCCAAAGAUGCCGGCUAUAUCACCUCUCCGGGGUACCCCCAGGACUACCCCUCCCAUCAGAACUGUGAGUGGAUUGUUUACGCCCCUGAGCCCAACCAGAAGAUUGUCCUCAACUUCAACCCUCACUUUGAAAUCGAGAAGCACGACUGCAAGUAUGACUUCAUCGAGAUCCGGGAUGGGGACAGCGAGUCCGCCGACCUCCUGGGCAAGCACUGCGGGAACAUCGCGCCGCCCACCAUCAUCUCCUCGGGGUCCGUGCUCUACAUCAAGUUCACGUCCGACUACGCCCGACAGGGGGCGGGCUUCUCCCUGCGCUACGAGAUCUUCAAGACAGGCUCUGAAGAUUGUUCUAAAAACUUUACCAGCCCCAAUGGGACCAUCGAAUCUCCGGGGUUUCCUGAAAAGUACCCCCAUAACUUGGACUGUACCUUUACCAUCCUGGCCAAACCCAAGAUGGAGAUCAUCCUGCAGUUCCUGACCUUUGACCUGGAGCAUGACCCUCUGCAGGUGGGAGAAGGGGACUGCAAAUAUGAUUGGCUGGACAUCUGGGAUGGCAUUCCACAUGUUGGCCCCCUGAUUGGCAAGUACUGUGGGACUAAGACCCCCUCUGAACUCCGCUCAUCGACCGGGAUCCUGUCUCUGACCUUUCACACGGACAUGGCAGUGGCUAAGGAUGGCUUCUCUGCACGUUACUACCUGGUGCACCAAGAACCCCUGGAGAACUUUCAGUGCAAUGUCCCCCUGGGAAUGGAGUCUGGCCGGAUUGCCAAUGAGCAGAUCAGCGCCUCCUCCACCUACUCCGAUGGGAGGUGGACCCCUCAGCAAAGCCGGCUCCACGGUGAAGACAAUGGCUGGACCCCCAACUUGGAUUCCAACAAGGAGUAUCUCCAGGUGGACCUACACUUUCUUACGAUGCUCACGGCCAUUGCAACUCAGGGUGCAAUUUCCAGGGAAACUCAGAAUGGCUACUACGUCAAGUCUUACAAGCUAGAGGUCAGCACUAAUGGUGAAGACUGGAUGGUGUACCGCCAUGGCAAGAACCACAAGGUGUUCCAAGCCAAUAGCGACGCCUCCGAGGUGGUCUUCAACAAGCUGCACACGCCGCUGCUGACCAGGUUCGUCAGGAUCCGCCCGCAGAGCUGGCACGCAGGCAUCGCCCUGCGCCUGGAGCUGUUCGGCUGCCGGAUCACAGAUGCCCCCUGCUCCAACAUGCUGGGGAUGCUCUCAGGCCUCAUUCCCGAUUCCCAGAUCUCCGCCUCCUCCACCCGGGAGUACCUCUGGAGCCCCAGCUCCGCUCGCCUGGUCAGCAGCCGCUCUGGCUGGUUCCCUCGGAUCCCUCAGGCGCAGCCAGGCGAAGAGUGGCUGCAGGUGGACCUGGGUGCACCCAAGAUGGUGAAAGGCGUCAUCAUCCAGGGCGCCCGAGGAGGGGACAGCAGCACAGCAGUGGAAGCCAGGGCAUUCGUGCGCAAGUUCAAAGUUUCCUACAGCCUGAAUGGCAAUGACUGGGAUUACAUCCCCGACCCCAGGACCCAGCAGCCGAAGCUGUUUGAAGGGAACGUGCACUACGACAGCCCCGACAUCCGGAGAUUCGACCCUGUCCCUGCCCAGUACGUGCGUGUGUACCCAGAGCGGUGGUCACCGGCAGGCAUUGGGAUGCGGCUGGAGGUGCUGGGCUGCGACUGGACAGACUCUAAGCCCACAGUGGAGACGCUGGGACCCACUGCAAAGAAUGAAGAGACCACCACCCCGUAUCCCAUCGACGAGGAGGCCACGGAGUGUGGCGAGAACUGCAGCUUUGAAGAUGGUGAGGAAGGGGACAAAGAUUUGCAGCUCCCUUCAGGAUUCAACUGCAACUUUGAUUUCCCUGAGGAGCCCUGCGGGUGGAUGUACGACCAUGCCAAGUGGCUCCGAAGCACCUGGACCAGCAGCUCCAGCCCCAGCGACCAGACGUUUCCAGAUGACAGGAAUUUCUUGCGGAUGCAGAGUGACAGCAGGCAAGCCGGCCAGUACGGGCGGAUCAUCAGCCCUCCGGUGCACCUGCCGCGGAGCCCUGUGUGCCUGGAGUUCCAGUUCCAAGCCACCGGCGGCCGUGGGGUGGAGCUGCAGGUGGUUCGGGAAGCCAGCCAGGAGAGCAAGCUCCUGUGGGUCAUCCGCGAGGACCAGGGCGGCCAGUGGAAGCACGGACGUAUCAUCCUGCCCAGCUAUGACAUGGAGUACCAGAUUGUGUUCGAGGGAGUGAUAGGCAAAGGACAUUCGGGAGAGAUCGCCAUUGAUGAUAUCCGGAUAAGCACUGACGUCCCGCUGGAUAGCUGCAUGGAACCCAUGUCAGCUUUUGCAGGUGAGAAUUUUAAAGGGGGCACCCUCCCGCCGGGGACCGAGCCCACGGUGGACACGGUGCCCGUGCCACCUGUCCCAGCCUACUGGUAUUACGCGGUGGCCGCCGGGGGCGCGGUGCUGGUGCUGGUCUCCGUCGCUCUGGCCCUGGCGCUGCACUAUCACCGGUUCCGCUAUGCGGCCAAGAAGACCGAUCACUCCAUCUCCUACAAAACCUCCCACUACACCAACGGGGCCCCUCUGGCGGUGGAGCCCACCCUAACCAUUAAGCUAGAGCAAGACCACGGCGCGCGCUGCUGAGGCGAAGCAAGGACGCGCCCCGAGCGAGAAAGCCUGCAGAUCCGUGGCCUCGAUUUUGCACUUUUUGGUCCUCACCUAAUCUUGGUGUGAGCGCGCCCGUCCCCGCCCCUCCGCGCCCCGUGCCCUGCUCACCGCCUCCUCCGGGUCACUGUCUUUGCUUUUCUUUCUUUUCUUUUACUUUUUCUUUUUCGUUUUUCCUUUCUUCUUUGUUUUUCCCGCUUCCUGCCUCCUCUCUUUCCUGCAAUUCUGAACCCACACACCCCACGUCUAAUGCUGCAUCUCGGACGAUGAGAAGAGACGCCCCUAAGCGCCCUCCACGCACGCACGGCUGCCGGGCUCCUCCAGAGCUGGUCCGCUCGGCCCCCUUGCCUUACCCACCCCCGCGCCUGUGGGCAGGCCGCCAGGCAUCUUGAGGGGAGCCUGGCUCUGUGUGUCUGUACAUAGUGUACACUCGCGUGUGAACAGCUCUGUGUAUGUCUGGGUGUGAUGGAGUGCUUCAUGGGGGGUUCCGAGUGUGUGUCACGAGGGCCCCUUUCAACCCAAUGUUACUCCUCCUGUUACACGAAAACAAUGUCCUGUCCACGUUCUGUUUACUUGGAGAAGAGACUGAAGCUUUUUGUUGCCUUAUCUAGCUCUGGCUGGGUUUCUGUUGGCUGUCAUUGUCAUCUCCAGGUACCUAGUAAAACGGACCACGCGGAACGCAGUGUGGCCCAUCUCUUCCUGUCCCCCACCCAGGAGGAAGGUUCCCCACCUUCACAUGUGACCCCCUGGUCACAUCUCCUGGUGUUUUUCAAGUCCCCAGAUAACACCACCAGGUGUGUGUGGAACCAUCCCUAUUUCCAGCCCUGAAGCAAAUCUGUCUCAUGUUGCCUUAUAGAAAAAAAAAAAAAGCAGCUCAUAAUGAAUGUUUAGCUUUGAUCGGUUAAGUCCAAUCAUGGAGUAAGUCAUAAAGAAUAGCAAACCUGGGACUGGUGUAGGAAAAGCGCUAGUCUGUUUAAACUGAGAGCAGGAGGAGGAGAAAAGGGGAGAGAAGGAAGGGCUGAAAUGACUUAAAAGUCUCCUCAUUCCGGGGGUCUUUGGCCCAAUGUGGGGUGGGGGUAAGAAGGUGAAAAACCAUAUUCUUUGGUAUUCUAUUGAUCAUUGUAAUAGCAUCUGUAAAAUAUGUGGGGGAAAGGGGAAUCAUUUGUUUUCCUUCCAUGGUGUUAAUGUGUGCCUGAAUCUAUACCACUCAACUGUAAGAGUCCACCUACUUAGACACUAUGAGAAAAUAGAAGGAAUAGAGUAUUUAAGUGUGCUACCUCCAAAGCACUCAUAGCGCCGGCGAACUCACCCUCAGAGGGCGGCCUGGCUGUGUAUCCAGGAGCUGCUGCUUGCUCAGAGAGAAGGUAGAAUAAAGAGGUUUCUGUCGCUGCUGGCCGCUUGUCUUCUUGAGGCAACACAGAAAAGGAUGUCAGAAGGCAUUUGCCUAACGACACUGUGCAAAGUGUGGAUUACACAGUAAAGUCAGUUUCACUGAUAGGGAGAGGUGUAUUUUAGAUUUUUCAGUGUAGCAUACUCAAGUUCAGCCUUGGGGGCAUUUGCUUGUUUAACCUUCCCACUAGGCAUCCACUGGGGAAGUGUAAAAUUCUGUCAAAAGAUGGGUUGCCUGUGUUGGAAGCCUCCAGGUACCUUCCAGAAUAGAAUGCUAAAAAAAAAAAAAAAAAAUUUUUUUUUUGGUUGUUUGGGAGAAAGCACACCACACUCACUCUCUGCACCCCCAUCCGGUUAUUUCAUUCCCCUGAAAGAACAGUGCUCUGCUACUCUUAUUCUGUUCAAAGAGCUACUCAGCCUCACCCACAGCAGCCCUGCCAAGAGAAGGGAAGAUGAAAGACUAAGGCCUGGCCACCUUGAGAUUGCGAGAAGUGUCCCAUCCCAACUGAUACUAGAGGGGGGCGGUGUAGCAGCUCAGGACGCCCUGCGGUGGCUGGCACUGUGGCCACUGAGGGCUUUAUCGCAGGUGCCCAUGUCAUGUCCAUUUAAGCCUUUGGGGCCAGACAUUGACUCCAAGUGACAGAUGCUGGUGGGGAAUCAGGGAACCACAUCUGGAAAACCCAGCCAGGGCAGCAGCUGGCUGGGCUGCCGUAUUCCCUUGGGGAGUCUCCAUCUUUAAAAGAAGAGGGCAACAACUUGGGAAUCUUGCCAUGUCUUUACCCUGGGCAGCAGCAUCUCCUCACCACUGUGUGCACUCCAUGGCAGGCGGACAGCAUGCAGCUGCCCAGAUCUUGGUGUCUUUGGUGGCAUACUUCAGCUGGGUAUCUUUCUCUCUCCACUCCCCUGUCCCCCUAAAGCCGGCAACUUUCAUAGCAUUAUCCGGGUACUGUGCUAGGAGGGCAGCUCUUCUGUAAAAUGCCAUGCCUUGCAGCUUUACAAAACAAAACUAUAUUUCACAGAGAGAGAGAGAGAGAAGACUUACUCUCUUUAAAAAAAAAAAUGGACUGGACAGGUGAAUGCAUGCAUGCAUGUGUCAAGAGUUGCUUCUCCAAAGAAAGGAGGUGACCACAGCUGUUAAAAUACCAAUGAGUGAAUGGAUGAGGUGAAGGCCUGGCUCAGCAGUAAAGCUUAUGCCUCAGUAGAGGUUUCAUGACAGAACUUCCAGAAGGGGAGCCCUUAGCUUUGGGGUUAAAAAGAAAAGGCCCUUCCUGCUGGCCAAGGCAGAAAAAGAAGACGGAAAAAUUAUUGCAUUGCCACUGACAACACAGGAUGCUAAAAUUGCCCUUUCCCUUCUCCCAAGUUUUGGGGAUCAAAACCAGAAUAGGAAAUCCAGUAAUAUUUCUGAGAUUGAUAACCCAUCUUUAAAAAUAAAACUUUAUUCUUAAAGUGAAAACUAGCAGGCAAGCAAACACCUAAAAAAUCAAAAGUUACCAAAGAACAACAGCAAAAUAAGAAAACCUAAAGAUUUUCACUUCCCAUUCUUAUCCCCCUCUCCCUGUAACUGUGACAUCCUUGCAUUGCUCUGUUGCCUGUGUGUCAAAAUAACUUGUGGAUGUUGGAAACUAUUUGAAAAUGUAUUGUGUGGAAUGUAAUAAAAUGAUGAUAUUUUUAUACAAA